AUGACGGACGACGAGCCCAUGCACAUCACAGGAAGGCUCUUCCUCGGCUCCAUCGACGCGGCCAGGAACAUCGCAGCGCUGAAGCGACAGCGCAUCGGUGCGGCGCUUGCGUUGCUCGGCAAGGGGGAGGAGGACGCGGCUGUGUCGACGCACUCGAGCUCCGUGGGCGAGCAGUACGCACAGAUGCAGAUUGCCAGGAGGAGCUUCGAGAUUGAGGACUCGGAGGACGGAGACUUGCUGCGCAGACUGCCCGAGAUACUUGCCGCGCUAGGGAAGCUCGUUGAGAAGGCAGAGCACGUGUUGGUGCAUUGUAUUGCCGGUAGAUCACGUUCCGCAUCUGUAGUAGUCGCAUGGAUGCUUGCUACCGAGCCGAAGCUUUUAACCGUGCAAGACGCUGUUGACCGGAUCAGGAUCAUCCGCCCAUGGAUUGAGAUCAACCCUCACUUUAUGCGGGAUCUCCAUGUGUUUCACGCGGUACUCACCUCGUCUGGUUCGACGCCGCUAAGCGUUGAUAACGCUGCGCUGCUCAAAAGUCGGUCAUUCCCGCGGCUGGACUUCGGUGCAAACCUCGUCGACGGAAUUCUUCGCGGCACGAAAAUCAUCACAAUGCGACUGCUAUCGGACAUCAUGGGCGAUCGGAACUCGGAUUUAGGGGGCAUUUUCCCGCACUCCGUCGUCGCUGCGACGACUUCAAGUACCGAUGGCUCUUCAUCAAGACCGCAGUUCGCGUACCUGAGGAUCGAUCAAGUCGAAACGCACGAGCUCAACGCCAUUGACGACGCCACGCUGCGCAAAUCCGGCUUCAACUCGACUGACGAGGUGUUGGCGGUUCUCAAGCAGUUCUACCCGGACGUGACGGCCACGACACCGCUGCUCAUGCUGCACUUCCACUGCCUGUGUCGGUCCUAG